AUGAAUGGAGCAAAUACUGAAGCGGAUCACGAUGAUUUCAAUAAUAAUAAUACAAGUAUUAGCAAUACCAACGACGAGUUGAUAAAUGUUGAUGAUAUUCUAGUCGAUGAUGAUAGUGACAGAGAUGAUGGUGAUGAUGAUGUGGAUGAAAAGGAGAAGAUGGAAAUAGAAGAAACAGCAUUGGAGAUUAAAGCAAAGCCUGUAGAGUUGUUAAUGUCACUAACUAAAGAAUUCGAGAAAUAUGUUGUACUCUUGACUAAAGUAGAUGUAGAUCUUAAAGAAAGAGUACCAUCAGAGAGUAUGUAUCAUACCAUCAAAUGA